CCAGUUUAGUACUAACAUGCUAUCCUCGAUCUAGACGUUCUCGAUCAAUUGGGCCACUAUUCCCUCCCUCUCUUCGAUCAUUGUCAUCACAGCAAUGGCGCCCGUGAGCCUCCCUCCUGGAUUUAGGUUCCAUCCAACCGAUGAAGAGCUUGUUGUUUACUAUCUUGAUAGAAAAAUCAACGGCCGCACAAUUGAGCUUGAAAUUAUCCCGGAGGUUGAUCUCUAUAAAUGUGAGCCAUGGGACUUACCAGAUAAGUCGUUUUUACCAAGCAAAGAUUUGGAGUGGUAUUUCUUAAGCCCUAGGGAUAAGAAGUACCCUAAUGGUUCAAGAACCAACAGGGCAACAAAAGCUGGUUACUGGAAAGCCACAGGGAAAGAUAGACCAGUGAACUCUCAAAAGCGGCCGGUUGGCAUGAAGAAGACAUUGGUGUACUAUAGAGGUAGAGCUCCCCAUGGCAUUAGAACCAACUGGGUAAUGCAUGAGUAUCGCUUGAUCGACUCAUUGUGUGGCGCUGCACCAUCAAGUUUAAAGGAUUCCUACGCAUUAUGCCGUGUUUUCAAGAAAACAAUACAUAUUCCAAAAAAGAAGGAAGAAAAAAAUAACGGGAAUGAAGAGAAGGAUGCAGCGUGGGUCUCAGAAGAACAAUUAUUAGGGGAUGACACAAGCGGUAUUGAAAGCUCUAAGGGGAGAGAAGCUGAAGAUGAAAACUUCAACAAUGAUUAUUGUAAAUUUCCAUCUGAAACAUCUUCCUCGGAUGUCACUCAAGGGACUCCGAUUGAAACUGCAAUAGCCGAUGAUUUACAAGCUCCGUUUCCCUCAGAUGAAGCCAACAGUUCGGCUAGCCUUUAUUCAAUGGGCGUGGAUUUCUCGUCAAAUCUAAUUCAGGAUAUGCAGAUGCCAAACUGCUCAAGCUUGCACUAUCAAUUUCCGUUCCCACCUUUAGAACUUGAGGAUUUCCCACAGAUUAGUAUCACCGAGAGUAUGAAGCCAUCGAAGCCUGAAAUAAUCGACGACUACAUGAUGUACAAGGAUUGCAUGAACGGAACACUAGAAGAGAUCUUCUCUUUAUGUUCCUCUCAAGACAACUCCAAUACUGUACUCCCCAUGCAAGACUAAGAGCCACUAAUUAGGAUGACCACAAAGUGACAAAUAUUUUUUUUGUUAAUGUUCCUUACAGAUAUUGUUGUAUCACUACUAAAAUUCAUUUGACUGCACAAAGGUAGGAUAUAUUGUGAUGGGCUGCAUAAAAAAGAAGAAAAAAAUGGGGAUUAUUUUGCCAACCACACGAUCAGGUUAUACACGCACUUCAUUAUACAAGGAGGGGUCAAGGCAUGCCAUCGUUUCCUUUUCCUGUUUUUAUCUUUCGUUUUUUAUCAUACAAAUGUUGAAACUUCUCGGCCAGCUUUGAAAAGAGAUUGGAAAAGGAAAUUCGUGUCUCUGUUUCA